AUGCCAUUGUAUUUUCCACUAACGCUUGUACCAGCUUGUAACCAGCUUAAAUACGUUAGGCAUCAUCAUGAAAACUUUGUUGGGUACCAGGAUGACAACCUGUUCCAGGAUGAGAUGAGGUACCUGCGCUCAACCUCAGUACCUGCACCGUACAUCUCAGUUACUCCUGAUGCAUGCCCUAAUGUCUUUGAAGAGCCGGAGAGUAACAUGAAAUCUAUGCCCCCAAGUUUGGAAACCAGUCCAAUAACAGAUACGGAUCUUGCGAAGCGUACAGUCUUUCAAAGAUCAUACUCGGUUGUUGCAUCAGAAUAUGACAAACAGCACUCGAUUUUGCCAGCGCGUGUAAAGGCAAUCCCUAGGAGACGAGUCAACAGUGGGGAUGCGGAAGUGGGGUCCUCACUCCUGAGACAUCCAUCUCCUGAACUUUCUCGGUUAAUCUCCGCCCACAGCUCUCUUUCCAAGGGAGAGAGAAAUUUCCAGUGGCCAGUGUUGGCAUUUGUAAUCCAGCAUCAUGAUCUGGAAGGACUUGAAAUAGCAAUGAAACAAGCCUUACGGAAAUCUGCUUGCCGAGUCUUUGCCAUGGAGGCUUUCAACUGGCUUCUUUGUAAUGUCAUUCAAACAACUUCUCUUCAUGAUAUUUUAUGGCAUUUUGUGGCUUCCCUGACUCCCGCGCCUGUAGAGCCUGAAGAAGAGGAGGAUGAAGAAAAUAAAUCUAAUAAAGAAAAUGCAGAGCAA